GUGUGAAAUGUGAAUUUUAUUUGCUUGCUUUUGCAAUUGCAAUCAAAAUGCAGAAUCAAUCUAUGUGCAAAAUACAAAUGAAAUAAAAUCAUAAACGAUGUUCAUUGCCAUUUUCCUACCAAUUAUUAAAUGAUUGAUGGGUACAACAUUUUGAAAGUGCCAUGGAGGGAUUCUGCAGAGCGUGUUUAGUUAAAUAUGAUAAUCCGAACGAGCUUUUAGAAUAUACAGAGAAAAACAGAAGAUUGUUCAUUUAUUGUACUGGAUUACAGGUGAAAAGGAAUGACUCAUUCCCGUUCCAGCUUUGCCGAGAAUGCUACUUGAACAUGAAGUUGUCAUGUAAAUUCAAGAAGUUGUGUCGAACAUCUGACAAGAAGUUUCGGACAUAUUUGUCUUUGAAGGAAAGCGGAGAUGCAGCAGAUUUGUGUACUUUUCUCAAGAGUAAUGAUGAUAAUUUUACAUUCAGAUUCCCGCAGUGGGAUGAAACCACUUCAGCUGCAAACCAGAAAAAGGAUGAUGAUAAUGUGUCAACAUGCACCAGCAUCGGUAACUUCAUGCGGGACAUCCUCCAAGGGACGGAGAUGGCUGAUACGGAGGCUCGCAUCAUCAGCCAAGUGAUAGCCGAGGAGGCUGAUGUCUCUGACGCCUCACUUGACUCCCAUUGGCUGCAAGAUGACGCGUCCAUUGCAUCUGAUUUCAGACUAGACUUCAGUUUCAGCCUUUUCUCAACACCACGAUCUGUCAACAACGAUCAUUGUUACACGCCAAAAAGAUUAGCAGAUAAUAGCAAUUAUGAACUGGACAGCUUCUUGAAAAAUCCUAAUACGCAAAAUAAAGACAAUGAAAAAGAUGAUGACAUGAAAUAUUUAGACGAUGUUAUGUCAAGAACCUUAACAUACGGUUUGGACAAUUUCGAUGAUGCAAAAAGUGAAAAUUUCAAUUAUGCAAAUGAUAUUGAACAAAUAAGCGAUAUACUAACUGAAGAAGUCAAUAGUCUUACUGACGAUCAGAUAAAUCAGGUGAACAGUAAAAACUUUUAUGUUGAUAAUAACACACUGAUUGAGCAGACUGUGAUAAAUAAUGGUUUCGGCACCAAACACAUUGUGGAAAAUGUUAAUGUGUGUAGUAUUGAUGUGAGAUUAAAUGAAGCUCUGCAAGAAAAUCAUGAUGAAAUCACAUUGGAGGACCUUUUGCGAUCUCCAGCAGUAUAUACAAAUGCGGCCGUGCCAUCAACGCCCACAAUAGACAACAUAUUAUUCGGUGAUACUCUUGAUGAGAACAGUAAUCACGAAAUGACCGUCUUUAAAAAAUCUGACGAUGUUCAAAGUGAGACAUACCCCGUAUCAGAGAAACCUAAACCGGUAUCGGAGAAACUUAACCCGGUAUCCGAGAAACUAAACCCGGUAUCCGAGAAACCAAAGCCAUUAUCAGAGAAACUGGACGUCUUAGACGAAAUCAAAAUAGAACCGAAAUCGCCUGAACAAGCGGAAUUACCAGAAAUGUUGGACGAAAAAGAACAUGCAUUGUUUCUGCUCGAGAAGAUUGAUGAUAAGAAGAAGAAACAGAUUGAGAAUGAAAAUAAUGAUACUGUCGAGUUGGUUGAUUGUAUUUGCACUAUUUGCUAUAAGAAGUUCAAGGAAAUGAGAGUGUUGAAAAUGCAUUGUUUAAAAGUGCACAAGAUACAAAUGCCCAAAGCCAAGAAGAGGAAUUAUUACGGAUCGAAAUGCUAUAUCUGUGACCAUUGCGGGAAGAAAUAUAUUGAAAAACGAUAUUUUAUAUCGCAUUUGAAGACUCACGAACAGAUAACAGUGAGGUGCGACCGUUGCAACUUGACGUUUGCAUCGAAACGAGACUACGAUAUGCAUCAGGUCACUCACAAUGGCCGCCCGGUCGAAAGAAAUGGGCGGAAAACAGUGAGGUGCGAGCGUUGCAGUUUGACUUUUGCGUCGAGACGUGAUUACAACACCCACCAGACUACUCACAAUGGCCGCCCGGUCGAGACGAAAGGGCGUAAGCGACUCUGCACCAUCUGCGGCAAGCUGGUGCAGAGUUCGGGCAUGAAGCGACAUCUGCGGCAUCACGCGAGGAAGUACAAAGUGCACUGCAUGGACUGCGGCAAAGGGUAUUACUCGUUAUGCGAAUACAGGGACCAUAGACGGUGCCACACGGGGGAGCGACCGCACGAGUGUGAAAUUUGCCACAAAGCAUUUGGAAGGAGAAACUCUCUGGUCAGACAUAUGAGAAGUCACACAGAUGAGCUUCGCUAUCAAUGCGACAAUUGCAAUAAAAAGUAUGCGAACAAACAAAACCUUGUCAACCAUAUAAAAACUCAGCGUUGUAGCGAAUUUAAAAUAACUGGCAAAUUGAACAAGAUAAUAAGAAACGCACGAAAGAAACGCAACGAAAUUACAGUGUUCGAAAUGAAGAAAUAUACAGAGGCUGAAAUUGUUAGUAAACCUUUUGAGUGUAUAUAUUGUCAGACGAGAUACAAGACUGAGAACUAUUUGAUCGUGCACCAGAGAUCUAAGAAGUGUCGGCUGGUCAGAGAGAACAUCAUUCAGAGGACGGUGGUGGAUGUCAUGUAUACUGAUGGGAGCGAUCCGAUGGUAGAGAAAAUACAUAGGGAACAGAUGAAUUCAGUUCAUGACAUCAUUCCCGAAGUUAAUGGUCCGGAUUUAGAUCAAAUACAGGAAGCUGAAAUGGUUUUAAUUCAAAAUUUAAUCAAUGAAAGCAACGAUUACUUGGAGAAAAUUUGUGAAGAAUAAAUUGAUAUGAGAUACAAAAAUUUACUGAUUAAAAUGUGCACUUUGUUCAUGAGAAAUGAUCUGGUAGAGAGAAUAAAUGAAGAAUAAAUUAUUCUAAAAUAGUUAAUGUAAUUGCACAAAAUUAGUACUUACACUAAUGGUAAUAAGGCAUAUAUUAUGUCUUAUCUUCUGUCUAUUUAUCAUUGAUUAUGAUUUAACCACAACUAUAUAGAAGUGUUUUAUAUUUUGACCACUUUGGUCCACUCCAUCUCUUUCCCAUAGAUGUCGUAAAUGGCAACUAAGGGAUAGGCUUACAAACUUGGAAUUCUUCUUAAGGCGAUGGGUUAGCCACCUGUCACUAUAUGAAUCUUAAUUCUAUCAUUAAGCCUAACAGCUGAACGUGGCCUAUCAGUCUGUUAAGACUGCUGGCUGUCUACCGCGCAAGGGAUAUAGACGUGUAUAUAUGAAUUAAUUGUUUACAUGACCAGGUGGUGAAAUACAUCAUGGACAGCCUGGAAAAAAAUAGACCCAAGUUUUGCCUGACUUCGGCUAAAGGCGCCCCUGUGUGGGAAAUGGUUAUUGUGAUACUAAAAUUAUUUAUUGUAUAAGUAUAAUGUACAUUAAUUAGAUUCUAUUGUUAUUAUUAUUUAAAAAUCUUGUUAUUUAUUUUAUUAUGGUUCUUAUUAGCGUUCUGGGUUUUUGUUCUUUCUUUUCGGUGAAAGUUUCUCGUCUUUUCUUUAUCUUUUAUUAUGUUAGCUAGCCUUGAUUUUGAUAAUUUCUCACCUAUAACACUGUCCAAUCCGCUCUGCUGCUUUUCGAAUCUUACACAGUCAACCAGGACAUGGUCUUGCCUUUAACUCACCAUAUAAAUAGUGAAUUUAACUUCAAGCAAAGAUAAACUAGAUUUAAACUGCAACGUACUUAUUGAUAAAAUCUUAAAUUUAUAAUAGAGGACACUGACUGACACAUAAAGAAUAUCAACGUACUCCCCAAAUUCUUGGGUUAACAGAUACUUAGACAUGUAGGCUCCUUAAUGUUGUCUAGCGGUGCAGUAAGAGAAUAUUUUCCCUCGAGAAAUUAAUUUUACGCAGAUUUACUCUGGUAUCUUAAUAUAUAUUGUGGAACGCACAUUUAUUAAAUUCAGCACUCAAUAAAAAAUUAAAAGGAAUAUCUUUAAUUUUCCUUAAUUGUAUUAGAGAUACGACAUUGUGUAUUAAAUAAUAUAUGUCCCGUCAAUAGUAUUAAUUAAUUGUAUAACUAAGAUCGUAAGGGUUGUCAAAAAGUUAUCAGAUCUCAUUAUCAGUGUUGCCGAUCCACUAAACUAUCGAUAGGCUAUCGGGUUCACUAACGAAAGCCUUUUAGGUCCACUAUCGAUAGCCUAUCAGCUCCACCAUCGAUAGGCUAUCGGGUUCACUAUCGAAAGCCUAUCGGGUCCACUAUCGAUAGGCUAUCGGGUCCACUAUCGAUAGCCUAUCGGGUCCACUAUCGAUAGCCUACUAUCGAUAGGCUAUCGGGUUCACUAUCGAUAGGUUAUCGUGUUCUCUAUCAAUAGCCUAUUGGGUCCAUUAUCGAUAGGCUAUUAGGGUCUACUAUCGAUAGGCUAUUCGGGUCCACUAUCGAUAGCCUAUCGGGUUCACUAUCGAUAGCCUAUCGGGUCCACUAUCGAUAGCCUAUCGGGUCCACUAUCGAUAACCUAUCAAUAGUUAGGACUAUCGAUGUGUUGAUACACUAUGGAUAGUUUGGUAACGCUACUCUUUAUUAAGUAAAGCUUCUUACUAUAAGUUUUAAUUUUACUUUGAGCAAAAUAUGUGGCUUGGGGUGUUCUUUUCAUACAUAUUAUCCCUUAUGGGGGUAGACGAGCCUCGAAUCUGGAAAAGACUGGAAGGCCACAUUUAGUUUUGACAAAAUAGAAAAGAGACUGUUUAGAUGGUUAUGUGGAGAAGAUGAAUUAAAGCAGUUUGACUAAGGAAAUAUACAAGUUGCAGUGGGAAGGCCUAGGCGAACGUUCUGGCAAAAGGUCAUGUCAAGAGUAUCCAAAACCGACGAAAUUAAGCAUGCAGAGAUCGUGCCAUGUUAAAAGGACGUAGGAUCUGUCUACCCCUUCGGAAUAUUUGCGUGGUUGUAUGUAUGUGAUAAAUGUUUUACUGUAGCGAAACACCCAAGCCAUAUAUUGUUAUACAAGAUAAAGAGUUAAGUUUUUAAUCUAUUUAAGUUGCAACGUUACUGUGAUAAUGUUUACUUUUGUUAUUAAAUAAAUAAAAAUUUUGAGAUCAG